UAUUCCUGUUUCCUGUCGGGAUAAAUUAUUUUAGAAGUUUCUUCUUUUAAAUAAAGUUACUGACCAGACAGCAUUAAAAAAGAACACAAAAACUAUGAUGGAUUUGGAUCUAUCUGCAACAUUUGUAAAUAAAGUUCCCCAAACCACGACGACGCCUGACCUAUAUUUUAUUAUUAAAUCAGAAUGGUCCUCCAACGAUAUCAACCUUCAAAUUCUAGAUUGUCAUAAAUCCCAGGAGUGGGAAGGUAGUGUUUCUCUUGACGAUUUGAAACAAUCGGCUGAAGAAUUAGAAAUCCCAUUUGAUAAGUUCUUCGAUGAGUGCAAAGCUGCUUUAACUACGAAUGGAGGUGUAGAACAUUUUGAAUAUUUUCUGGAAGACCAAAAAUUCAAUCUUACUAAAAAAGAUCAAUUUAAAAUUAAUUACCUGGAAUUAGAUGUGAUAUCAAAAAAUGAUUCUAAUUCAAAUUUUGCAUUGGCAGCUGUUGAUUUGAUAGCUUCUUUACAAGCAGAAUUAUCUGCUUGCAAGGAAGCAUCUGAAGACCUCAAUGAGAAAUAUCAACAAAAUGUGAAGACUAUGGAACAUUUUUUGGAAGAAAAGAAUAACCUAGAAAAGAGGCUUCUUGACAAGUUUGCUGUUCUUCUUAAUUCAAAGAAAGAUAAAAUUGCAGAGUUACAAGAUUUACUGGUCGAAAAGGAAAGACUUCUAGAGGAUGCAGGCAUUUCAACGGAAGGAGCUACAGAACAACAUUCCAAGAGGAAAUCUACAGACUUAGCUGCCGCUGGUGAUGAUAGUGAUGAUGAUGAUUUUUUGCGGCCAACCCAAGUAAUGUCUCAACCAGUUAGCCGAACUUUACCAAAACGAGUUAAAACAAGUUAAACCAGAAUAAGAUAAGAUAGUCUUAUAGCCCGUUUUCAAAAGUUAAGCGGUGAUAAUUUUAUAUUGUAUUCAGUAAAAAGUCUUAAAUAUAUAUGUUUGUAUAUAAAGUAAU